GGGUCCGGCGCGCGCCCCAGCCGCACGGUCCGGCCUUUCCGGCCCGCGGCCAGCCCAGGGGUGGCCCCGGUGUCCAGCGGCGCCCGGCAGCGGGCGGCCCGGCCUUCCGGCCCGCGGCCAAUCCCGCGCCGGCUGUGCCACGCCCCGCCCGGCUCCAGGCCGCUGGCGCGCGCGCGCGGGGGACACGGGGGGACAGGCCUGUGCGCGCCGGACGCGGCCGGACGCUGGACCCCGCGAGAGCCUCGGACGCCUUCUUGGAGCCCGUGUGUGGCCGGAGCGGGCGGUGGCCGGAGCCCCCGGGGCCCAGCUCGGCAGACCAUGGCUGUGUGUGACCAGGCGUUCGUGACCUUCGCCGGGGGCCCCGCGUCCUGCCAGGGGGCCCUGGUGCUGGCUCAGUCUCUGCGGACCCACGGGACGGCCCGGAAGCUGGUGGUGCUCGCGGCCCCGCAGGUCUCCGAGCGGCUGAGGCGCGUGCUGGCACGCGUGUUCGACGAGGUGGUGCGUGUGGACCUCAGACACGGGCCCGAGUACGUGCAGGACGCACUGGCCACCCGGCCCGAGCUGGACGCCGCCCUGGGCCGGCUGCACUGCUGGACGCUGACCAGCUACAGCAAGGCCGUCUUCCUGGGCCCCGACACCAUGGUGCUGGCCGGCGUGGACGAGCUGUUCGAGCGGGCGGAGCUGUCGGCGGCCCCGGAGCCCGGCUGGCCCGACUGGUUCAGCAGCGCCGUCUUCGUCUUCCGCCCGUCCCUGCACACCCACCGGGAGCUGCUGCGGCUCGCGGCCCUCGGGGGCAGCCUGGACGGCUCGGAGCAAGGCAUCCUGAACAGCUUCUUCAGCAGCUGGCCCACGGCCGACCUGCGCACCCGCCUGCCCUUCACCUACAACCUCAGCACGGGUGCCAGCUACACCUACGGACCCGCCUUCCUGCAGUUCGGCUCGGCCGCCAAGGUGGUCCGCUUCUCGGGUCCGGCGAAGCCGUGGCACUACAAGUACGACCCGCAGACGGGCGCGGUGUGGACGGCCGGGUCGGGCCCCGUGGACCCCCCGCAGCGCAAAUUCCUGCAGGCCUGGUGGCGGCUGUUUCACCGCCGCGUGCUGCCGCUCUACGGGGCCGUGGCCGAGCACUGGCCGGAGGAGCCGCCGUCUGCGGGAUACACUGCUCCCUCCGGCCACCCUGAGGCGCAGGCUGCGGGCCGGGCCCCCGGCACGGGGACAGUGCCGGGUGCAGACGCCGCCGUGGGGCCCAGCCAGCCGUGGGCGGGUCACGAGUGCUCGGAGCAGCUGAGAGUGGAGGAGGAGGAGGAGGAGGACGAGGAGGAUGAGGAGGAGGAAGACGAGGAGGAGGAGGAGGGGGAAGAGGGGGCGCCGGCCUCGCCGGGACACUCGGAGGAGGACGUCCUGCUGGCCGUGUCCGUCUCCGAGAUCUCCAUCCAGGACAGGACGCGGCGGCCCCCGAGCCCCCGGCAGGGACGCCGGGAGUGGGAGGAGGGACACAUCGACUACAUGGGCCGGGACGCCUUCGCCCACAUCCAGGAGAAGCUGGACCGCUUCCUGCACUAGGGACAGACGCUUCCUGCACUAAGGACAGACGCUUCCUGCAUAGGGACAGACACUUCCUGCAUAGGGACAGACGCUUCCUGCAUAGGGACAGACGCUUCCUGCACUAAGGACAGACGCUUCCUGCAUAGGGACAGACACUUCCUGCAUAGGGACAGACGCUUCCUGCAUAGGGACAGACACUUCCUGCAUAGGGACAGACGCU